AAUGGUGGUAACACGCAUGGUGAUAUCUGCAGAAUGAAGAAAGCGGCCCCGUCCGCCAAUCCGGCGUCGGAAUCCAGCAAACGUUCGGAAGCUCGCGUCUCCAAGAAUUCAUCCAUUAACCAGGCCAAGAAACGUUCAUCUAUUAGCCAGGCAUCCAGGCGUUCGUCUAUCAACCAAGCAUCUAAGCGUUCGUCCAUCAACCAGGCAUCGAAACGUUCGUCCGUAAACGCCGAGAGAAGUUCGACUAUUAACAGCAUAGCUGAGGGAGAGGAUGAUGACGGACGUAAGGUUCCUUUGUACAAUGUUAACCUCGUACCCGUGGCUUCUGUCGAUCCUAGGGCUGGGAUUCUUCCCGCGCAUUUCCCAAAUAAAGAAUGGGGUAACGCUCACAGAAUUCUCCGCGAAAAAGAGGUUGAUGAAUUCCUGGCGGUUCAUCCACGAGUCUUGCUAGAUUUCAUCUACGAUACAGUUGAACUUGAUACUUUAUAUCAACUGUUACGCCAGAAGAGAGGUGUUAUUGAAGACGAGGAUGAAUCGCAGACAAACAAAUCUAGAACCAAACCACGACAGGUCACGGAUUUAUUUGACCAGAAAUCCACCCGCCAUGUUAGUCAGGCUCUGAUUACAGCCAUACAGAGGGACGAGUCUCACGCGGUUCUAGAGGACUUUUGUCAUAUCUUCUCUCGGAUGGUACACGCAGACUCCCACAAACUGUACGUCCAAGAAGGUCUGAAUAAGAAGAUCUACUUCUUGUUGGUGAACGGAAACCUGGAACCAUGUAUAAUAAAGGGGACGGUGGCUGGUAAAGCUCUGAAGAAAAAAACAUCCGUGCUUGUGGCUGACAUGGCCACUGACUCGAGAUUCACAAAGUCUAAAGAAGGUCGCGAAGAGUUAACCGAUAAUGCGAGCGUCUUGUGCGUUCCUCUAAUUCUACCGUCUAAAGAGAUCCCCGCUAUCAUUGAGGUGAGAAGAGAACUUGGUCACAAACCACCUUUUAUUGAAACAGACGUACAAAUAGCCAAUAUUACAACCGGAUGGAUUGCCGCAUGUAUCAACGAAAAUAAUGGAAAGAGGUCGCUUAUAUCCCAGCAAUAUCUGAUUGACUUCCUGUUAGAGAACACGAAGGAACUAUUUGAUGGUGUUACAAAGACAGAGGAACUUGUCCCAAAAAUAAUGCGUCACACGAAGGACUUGGUGAAGGCCGAUCGCUGUUCUCUCUUCCUAGUGGACAAUGAAAAAGAGGAGCUGUAUGCCAAUUAUUUUGACGAGGGGGCAAAGUCAACAGUUGGAGUUCCAGUGUUUGAAAAAAAAGAUAUGAUUCGAUUUCCAAAAGGCGUUGGCAUCGCAGGUCACGUGGCUGAGACAGGGGAAGUGGUUAACAUACUUGAUGCAUACGAGGAUCCCAGAUUCAACAAGGAAGUGGACAGGUUGACCGGAUAUAGAACACAAAAUAUCCUGUGCAUGCCAAUCAUCAACCGGAACUGCGUCAUAGGUGUCAUACAGAUGGUGAACAGCAUGCGUUCUGAUCAUUUCACGGCUUUUGACGAGAGCGCACUUCGUAUGUUCACGACGUACUGCGCCAUAGCUAUACACUACAACAACUUCUACAGCUCACUUGAGCGACAGAGAGUGAAGAACAAAGCGUGUAUCGAAGUAAUACAGUACCACACCGUAUGUCACAAAUCAUCAUACAUGGAAUUGCUCGAAAACCCAAACAUCAGUCGACGGGAUAUACCAAAAUCGUUCUUCAGCUUUGAUUUCUACGCGCCAACCAACUUGGAGAUCCUGCCAAAGUUAUUUAUACGUCUGAUAGAGGAUCUGUGUGGGAAGGAUAGGAUUGAACAAGAGAAACUCGUCAAAUUCAUCUUGACAGUCCGAAAGAAUUACCGGGAUGUGCCGUACCACAACUUUCCACAUGGGUUUCAUGUGGCUCACUGUCUGUGGCGCAUCAUUUUAUCAGCGCCAGCCACUUUCACGGAGUACGAAAAGAUGGGACUGAUCGUCGCUGGUAUCUGUCACGAUGUUGACCACCGUGGCUACAAUAACGAGUUCUUCAAGAAGAUGCAGCUUCCGUUAGCAAAUCUUUACUCUACGUCCGUGAUGGAGCAACACCACUAUCGCCAGACAGUGACCAUUCUGCAAACAGAAGAUAUUUUUUCCUUUCUGUCGACCGAAAAAUACAAAGAGAUGCUUAGUCUCAUUCGGCAUUGUAUCUUGGCAACGGAUCUUGCGCUGUACUUUGGGAAUCAGAAGUCACUUCAGAAAUCUCUGGAUGAGAAUACAUUUGAUAUGAGGAAUCAAAUGUUUCGCAAUCGCACUAUGGAUCUGAUGAUGACUGCGGGGGAUUUAUGUGGGGUUUCAAAACCUUGGAAAACAAACAAAUCGUCAACCAACCAAUUGUACGAGGAGUUUUACGAACAGGGUGAUGCGGAGAAAAAACACGGCUUUGUUCCAAUGUCUAUGAUGGAUCGGGCUCAUUCGGACGAGAUUCCAAAUCAACAAGUGGGCUUCAUUGAUUUCGUUUGCCAGCCACUUUACAAAACAAUGGCGAGGAUAUUUCCGGAUUCGAAGGAUCUCCUUUCGGGGUGCCUGCGCAACCGGCGGAAGUGGGUUAAGAUAGCAGGAAUUAAAGAAGAUUCAAAGAUGUUGGUAGCACAAGACGGUGAAUAUGAUCACGAAGAUGAUGACGAGGAAGAAGACGGAUGGGUAAAUGUGUUUGAUGUCGGAGGAUCGUCUCACGAUCAGACUACAGUCGUCGAUAAUUGACGCGCCGUAAACUUACGUUCGGUUCCUUUCAUCGGCCCAGUUUCUUUUAAUGUCAAUAUGUACCUGUUUUGUCUCAUUAAAUGGCAAAUAAAUUGAUGAUACCACAUUUUU